GCAGACGAUCACUUUUUUGUCACAACACCGGAGCGGAGCCGUCCGGAACAUCCGGCUGUUGCUCCUCAACAUAAACAGCUAUGGCGGAGGCAGCAGCAGCAGCGUCCACGGCGGCGUCAGGAGUAACGGGAGGCUGGACCAAACACGUAACCUGCAGAUAUUUCAUGCAUGGACUCUGCAAAGAGGGAGAAAACUGCCGAUAUUCCCACGAUCUGACCAGCAGCGAACCUGCAGCCAUGAUUUGCAAGUUCUUCCAGAAGGGAAACUGUGUGUUUGGGGACCGUUGCAGGUUUGAACACUGUAAACCGGCAAAAAACGAGGAGCCACCAACACCGCAGAUGCUGCCGCUGCCCUCCGCCGGCCCGUCAGACCCAGAACCCAGUGAGCCAACACCUGGCACAGGGGCACAAGACUGGGUCAACGCUGCUGAGUUUGUUCCAGGACAGCCGUACUGUGGACGGGCUGAGCAAGUGAACGGGGAGAGCUCCGGCCCGCUCAUCGAGGAGUUCGACAGCGACACGGCACAGGACAACAAACAGCUGAGGAAGCAGCUCUGUCCGUACGCCGCCGUCGGAGAGUGCCGCUACGGAAUCAACUGUGCCUAUCUCCACGGCGACGUCUGUGAUAUGUGUGGCCUUCAGGUGCUCCACCCCACUGACAGCAACCAGCGCUCAGAGCACACUAAGGCGUGCAUCGAGGCCCACGAGAAAGACAUGGAGAUUUCGUUCGCCAUCCAGCGCAGCAAGGACAUGAUGUGCGGUGUGUGUAUGGAGGUGGUGUUUGAGAAGGCCAACCCAAGCGAGCGCCGUUUUGGUAUCCUCUCCAACUGCAGCCACUGCUACUGUCUAAAGUGCAUUCGCAAGUGGAGGAGUGCCAAGCAGUUUGAGAGCAAAAUCAUCAAGUCUUGCCCAGAGUGUCGAAUCACGUCCAACUUUGUCAUCCCCAGUGAGUACUGGGUGGAAGAUAAGGAAGACAAGCAGAAACUCAUCCAGAAAUACAAGGACGGCAUGGGGUACACAGACCAUUUUCCAUACUCUGGGAUCAUAGAGGAUACACAUCCAUAUACUAAGACUAAAUCGUGUCGAUACUUUGACGAGGGCCGCGGGACAUGCCCUUUCGGCUCGAAUUGCUUCUACAAGCACGCCUUCCCUGACGGGCGACUGGAGGAAGCUCAACCCCAGCGAAGACAGACGGGCUCGAACAGCAGAAACCGGAGCUCGAGGCGAACACCGCUGUGGGACAUCUUUGAUGAGAGGGAAAGCACCGACUCCUUCGACAACGAGGACGAGGAGAUGGUGACGUUCGAGCUGAGCGAGAUGCUCCUCAUGCUGCUCGCCGCAGGAACCGACGACGAGGUGACAGACUCAGAGGACGAAUGGGACUUGUUUCACGAGGAGCUGGACGAUUUCUAUGAAAUUUACCUAUAGCAGCCCCACCCACUCCCCCCCCCCGCCCCCCCUGCCCCCAUGUAUACUAGACACUAGAAUGGACUGUCUUGUGCGAGUGAUGGACAGUAGCUUUUUCCCCACCCUCUGUAUUGUGGCAGUGCCUUUCAGCAGGCCAUUAAUAAAUGAACUUGAUAAAAGAUAAAAGGAAAAAAAAAAAAUAUCCAACAUGUCGGUGCGCUCGUGCUAAACAUUUUCUAGACAUCUAUCCUUGUGAGUCUAUCUUGUGCGGUUCAUGUUAAAAGGAAAAAUAAGAAAAUGACAAAGUGAACUCGAUAUAAGACUAAACGGAAAAUCAUAACUUUCUUCAAAUAUUGCUAAUAAAAGUUGUUAAGUUCAUUUGUGGGUGUGGGUUUGACUUGUUUAUCAUCUAGCCAGGUGUUUGUACAUAAAACUAAAACUCUGAGGAUGCACUCGAACUUACUCGGCACCAUGUACUGUAACAGUGAUGGGCAUGUUGUAAGAUUUUACAAAGCGGUUUCUGAAGGCCGAAAUGUUUUUUUUCUUUAUUAAAGUUGCUGAGAGCCAAUAUAUUGUGCUGAUGUUUAAUAAAUUGACCAUAAUCACUUUCAUGUUGUACUGGAAAAGUAUUUUCCGUGUCCCCCCCUAUAGAGGUCUUUACUUUCUUUUUUGAAAAAAACCUUUUAUGAGACAUUUGGAUCAUUUACACCACACAAACUGUGUGUGAAACUCGUGUAGGGUUUGUGUCUUUGCACCACGCGGCAGGGGGAAGUCGUGCCCUGAUCAUCGGGCGGCCAUCUUUGUUACUGGGACGCUUAAGUCACUGAGGGGCUCAUUGAAUAAGUUACUCAAAGAAAAAUGAAAGUCAGGAGGACACUCACUGGCUGGAAUAUAUGGGCCAAACCUAUUUUGAGCUUAUGAAAUGAAGUUUAAAGUUUAUGAAUGUGUAAAAACAAAGUUGGGAGUUGUAGAAAUAAUCGAAAACCGCACAAAUCAAUGAUCGGGUUACACAAAGCCUCUCUUUUGCAAUAAUUUGUAUAUUACAUGUAUUAACACAACUAAAACUUUGUUUUCAUCUCAUAAACUCAAAAGUCUUUUUUUCAAAGGAUCUGCAACCAUUGAAAACAACAAAAAAUUCACGCCCAUAGAGCGCUGCUCAGUGCUGCCUCUGGUGAUUGAAAGCUGUAUUGCAGCAAUACUACUGAACAAAAUACACUGUAUCUUUAAGAGUAACGAGUUUUAGGAGCUGCUCAGUGACUGGAGGGUCUCGGUUACAGGGGCCUUUUGAUUGUGUGACAGGUGAACCCCACCUUCCUCUUGUCGGCACACCCUCUGUAAAGCCUUUCAAUCGGUCUGGGAAACAUACAAAGUGAUUUCACUGUAGCUAAGGUCAAAUGUUAUGUUAACGUUAGGAUUUUCCAGAUCCGUUUUAUCGUUCUGUGAUUUCCUACCUGUAGCUUCGGGUCCCACGUUCAUCAGCAAUCGGUCAAUAUGGACAAAAUAAAGAUGGAGGGAAUUGUUCUCCCUUUCACUAUUCUGAGUCACAGUGUCUGCGGACGUCUGUGUUACCACAAGACAAAUCUCAAAGGUCAAACGCUUGUGACUAAAAACUCAGGAGCAGGCUUGCAGUGCAGAGGGGUCAGGGAGCUGAGAGACUCUCUGCUCUGUUUCUGCUUCUUGCAUUGUGAGCUAGGCUGCUCAUCCACUGACUCCUGAUGGCGAGUCUCAGCCCGUUGAACUCCAUUGGAAUGCAUAUGUUUAUACUGAUAUGUGUGUUUUCUAUGUUCCACAGCCAUCCAUCCUAACUUGAAAUUAAAGUUUAUUAUCAACCUC